GCCCGGGCGCGGAGCGCCUAUAAAAGGUGGCUGGGGCUGGGGCGCGCGCCCCAAAGACGCGAACCGUCGCUGCGAAGCUUUGGGCUGCUGCUACGCCGCCUGCCUGGCAUCUCCAAGCGCUACCGAGUUCACAGCGCCGCCGGCAUGGAGCCUGAGCCGGAACCCGAGCCGGUCACGCUCCUGGUGAAGAGCCCCAACCAGCGCCACCGCGACUUGGAGCUGAGCGGCGACCGCAGCUGGACGGUGGGCCGCCUCAAGGCCCACCUGAGCCGCGUCUACCCCGAGCGCCCGCGCCCAGAGGACCAGAGGUUAAUUUAUUCUGGAAAGCUGUUGUCAGAUCACCAGUGUCUCAGGGACUUGCUUCCAAAGCAGGAAAAACGGCAUGUUUUACAUCUGGUGUGCAAUGUGAAAAGUCCCUCAAAAAUGCCAGAAACCAGCACAAAGGUUGCCGAAUCCAUGGAGUGGCCCAGUAGUCCUAAUCAGGGGCAGUAUCUUGGGGAUUCCUCAAGUGACGGUUUAAGGCAAAGGGAAGGUCUUCGGAACCUUUCUCCCUCUGGAUGGGAGAACAUCUCAAGGCCUGAAGCUGUCCAGCAGGCAUUCCAAGGCCUGGGGCCUGGUUUCCCUAGCUACACAACCUACGGGUGGCUGCAGCUUUCCUGGUUCCAGCAGAUCUAUGCACGACAGUACUACAUGCAGUAUUUAGCUGCCACUGCUGCGUCGGGAUCUUUUGUACCAUCACCAAGUGCACAAGAGAUACCUGUAGUCUCUGCACCUGCUCCAGCCCCUAUUCCCAACCAGUUUCCAGCUGAAAACCAGCCAGUCAAUCAGAACGCAGCUCCACAGGUGGUUGUUAAUCCUGGAGCCAAUCAGAACUUGCGGAUGAAUGCACAAGGUGGCCCUAUUGUGGAGGAAGAAGAUGAGAUAAAUCGGGACUGGUUGGAUUGGACCUAUUCAGCUGCUACAUUUUCCGUCUUCCUCAGUAUCCUCUACUUCUACUCCUCCAUGAGCAGAUUCCUCAUGGUCAUGGGGGCCACCAUUGUUAUGUACCUGCAUCAUGUUGGGUGGUUUCCAUUCAGACAAAGGCCACUUCAGAACUUCCUAGAUGAUGGACCUCGGCCGGAAGCUGCAAAUCAGGACCCCAACAAUAACCUGCAGGAAGGUGCCGAUCCUGAUCCUGAAUCGGAGGACCCCAACCGCCUCCCCCCAGACCGGGAUGUGUUGGGUGCUGAGCAGACUAGUCCCUCAUUUGUGAGCACAGCAUGGCUUGUCUUCAAGACUUUCUUCGCCUCUCUUCUUCCAGAAGGCCCUCCAGCCAUAGCAAACUGACAGCACUUGGCUCUAGCAGCUUGAGGCUUCAAUGGGCAUGGACUGGAUCUAGACUCCAGCUGAAUUUCUUCACCUGGAUGUGACACCACCCAGAGUCAUUGAAAACUGAUGAGGAUGAUGAUAAGCUUUUGUGAUCAAGCAAAAGCACAAAAUAAGACAUGAGGCCGUGAUAGAAACUGAUGAACAAAAACUGCCCAGGGCUUCUCAUGUCGUUAUUCUGAAGAGCUUUAAUAUAUACUGUAUGUAGUUCAAUAGGCACUGUAAGUAGCAGGCAUUAGGUAUGUCGCAUGUUAAUGCCUGAAGAACCUCCCCCAGAUGUGUGUCUGCAUGUGUGUUGUACAUAGAAGUCAUAGAUGCAGAAAUAGUUCUGCUGGUACGAUUUGAUUCCUGUUGGAAUGUUUAAAUUACACUAAGUGUACUACUUUAUACAAUCAGUGAAAUUGCUAGACAUGUUAGCAGGACUUUUCUAGGAAAGACUUGUGUAUAAUUGCUUUUUAAAAUGCAGUGCUUUAAACCAAGGGGACUUUGCAGAGGUGGAAACCUUUGCUGAGUUUCUGUUCAAUAAAGUUUUACUAUGAAUGA